CGAGUGACGUGCUGUGUGUUCGCCAUCAGACGCGGCGGUGACGGCUAUGUCGGGGGCGGAGUUACAGCGUCGCGUCCGCAGGAAGAUGGCGCUCCCCGCGGCUCCUGCUGACCGGCGGCUCCAGCCUGAGCCCGAUGAGCAGCUGCACCUCAACCACCGGGAGCUGGGAGAGCUGGCCCUGCCGCAGGAGCCGGACACAGAGGGGAUCCCGCUACACUCGCCAUGGACAUUUUGGCUGGACAGAUCAUUACCUGGAACAACAGCAGCAGAAUGUGAAUCAAACCUGAAGAAGAUCUACACUGUACAUACCAUACAGAGUUUCUGGAGUGUGUACAAUAACAUCCCUCAAGUCACAAACCUUCCCCUCAGAUGGAGCUACCAUUUAAUGAGGGGGGAGAGAAAGCCUCUAUGGGAAGAAGAAAGUAAUGCAAAGGGAGGAGUGUGGAAGAUGAAAGUUCCUAAAGAAGCCUCUUCUUUGGUUUGGAAAGAAUUAUUGCUAGCUACUAUUGGUGAACAGUUUACAGAUCGCUGUGCGCCUGAGGACGAAGUGAUCGGUGUCAGCGUGAGUGUCCGUGACCGGGAAGAUGUGGUUCAGGUGUGGAACGGGAAUGCCUCUGUUGUGGGCGAAGCUACGGUCCUAGAGAAAAUAUAUGAACUUCUGCCAAACACGUCUUUCAAAGCUGUAUUUUAUAAACCCCACGAAGAGCAUCACGCCUUUGAAGGGGGGCGCUCGAGACACUAGUGGAACGCCGCAGAGUAAAAUUGUCUUUUAACUCUUUCACUUCCGGAGGGGAUCCCCGCAAUGUGUCGGAAUUGCGGGCCCGUCGCGGUUAAAGGGUUAAUAGUCUGUAACGGAGGAAGGGCCAGGCGGAGGUGUUUUUUUGCAAAGUGACACUGGUCAUUUUUUUUAGAUAUUUUUUUAACAACUUCAGAACGGGCAAUUUAGUACUCAAAGUGUAAAUGUUUCAUGACUUAAUCUAAUAUUUAAUGUAAGAUAUAUAUAAAAAAAAAAAA